AAAAAAUUAGGUUAUAUUAUUAUAUUUAUUUUAUUUACAAGUUAUUGAUAAGUUGCAGGUUUACAUGUGAUAAUAUCAUGAAAAAUGAAAUGUAUGCAUAUAAAUAUAAGAAAAGCAACGUUUAUCCUUCUUACAAUUUUAACAAAUCAUAUUCAAAUGGAAGAUCAAAAUCCCACAGGACAAGAUCAAACCAAUGAUAAAAAGAGUGAUACAGCAAAUAGUGACUUAAUUCUUCACUGUCCAACACAUUUAGAAUGCCAAGACUUAAAAGGAUCUUGUAUAAAAUGUAAUUUGACAGAAAAGUGCAUAUAUGGAGAAACCUUAGACACAUCUUGUGAGCCGGAGCAAGGAGUUACAUGCAGUGGUGUUAGAAAUUUUCAGAGGAGCUACAUAUGUCGAUAUUGCUAUCAGACAGAACAUUGGGAACAUGAUUGUGAUUUAUCAGCUAACUGCAAUUCCGUUACUUCUCCUCGAUCAUAUUACGUAACAAAUUGUACUGUAAAGGAUGAUAUUGUAUGUUUAGGACUGAGAUCGUUUAAGAAGAAAUUAUUAUGCAACUGGACUGGUGGAUACAGGUGGUCGACGACCCUCGCUUUAAGCAUAGCGUUGGGCGGCUUUGGAGCCGACAGAUUCUAUUUGGGUCAUUGGCAAGAAGGAAUCGGCAAAUUAUUUAGUUUUGGUGGGCUUGGCGUAUGGACUAUAAUCGAUGUUAUAUUAAUAUCAUUGCAUUAUUUGGGGCCUGCAGAUGGAUCGCUUUAUAUUUAAUAAACAAGUUUUUAGGAAAUAUAUAAUUGUAGACUUAUUAAACGAUAAUAUCAUUAAAUUUACUUGGCCGAUAUAUAACUAUUAUUUUUCAUAUGAAAAAAACAGUUUUUAUUAAAUAAGUUUCUAAAAUGUUUCUCUCGAAUCUAAAGACUUAAGCUUAUAUCAUAUCUGAAUUUCUACGUUUUAGCAUUGUUAUGAUUAUUUUUAAUGAGAUUAUCCUAUACGAAAUUAUAAAAAUC